AUGAAGUGGUUUAGUGGGUGUCCCCCUGGGAUCAGGUUUUGUCCCAAGGACGACGAACUGUUCUGCCAUUAUCUCUACGGCAAAAUCAAGGGUCUUGCUUUCUCCCCUCUCGAACUCUCUCUCGUUCAACACUGCGACUUGUACGGGGAUCACGACCCCUGGACUAUUUGGGAGAAUUUCGGCGGGGAGUCCUCCACAUUUAUGGACGAUCUUUUCUUCUUCACGCAGCUCAAGAAAAAAAGCAGCGCCAAACGAUUCGGUCGAACCGUCGGCCGCAAUGGAACUUGGAGCGGGGAGGGUAAGGGAGACGAAUUUGAGUUGGGCAACGUGAAAGGGCUCAAGAAGCGCUUUCAUUACGACAACUCGACGGUGGCCGAACAGGAUGGGCGCUGGAUCAUGCACGAGUACAGCCUUCCGGAAGAAAGCGCCAACUGGGUACUGUGUCUACUGCGGAAAAAUGACGCGGAAAAGAAGAAGAGAAAGCGGGAUCAAAGUGUGAAACAGAGGAAGCCAUCCAAGAGACAGGCCCUUUCUGAAGAAGUGGAAGCGAUGGCGUUGAACAUGCGUUCAGAAACUGGGCCGAGGAGCACUAAUGCUUCAGAUGGUUGUGCUAAUGGUUCAGAUAGUUGUGCCUUACAGCUCUGCCCCAGUAGCUCGUUUGGUUACAAUUCGGCUCAAGCUGAAAUUGGUGAUGAGGCGUAUCUGCAGCAACAGAAGUCAGCAUUGGCCAUGGAAGCCAUGUGGAUGCAGUCGGCUAAUGCAUCAUACGAGCAGAUGAGCCCAGUGGGGCCUUCUUCUUCUUCUUAUUGUUAUGGCGGAGUUGAGGGAGAUGAUAUGUUGAAGUUGGGUCGGGAUGAAGAUGGCAUGUGGCACUUGCUUGAUGAUUUUUGGGAGCAGAAUAUUGGCAUAGACGAUCUAUUGGACUGA